AUGCCCUCACUCCGGGCCGGCAGUCAGUCACCAAGUAAGCUGGGCAAGAUUUCAAAGCUCCCAAGCAGCAGCAGUCACUUGUGUGGCCUUUGGUCGGGACUUGAAGGUUCCUGUCAGCCGGCAUUGCGAGCUCUAGUUUCUGAAGGAGGUGGCAGUCUUUUACAGGUCACUGGUGGGAAGCUGUUGGCUCCAUCUCGCAACCGUCCAAACUAUCAUGGGGAAAGCUACAGGGACAUUCGGGGUUUUGGAGUUCGCACGGCGCGGACUGGAGAGAAGGUGACGCACAUCGGUCAGGCCUAUGACGGUCUAGACUACAGGAAGAUCCGGUUUGUGGGCUGGCAGAAGGAGGUGAACGAGAACUUUGCCAUUGACCUCAUCGCUGAGCAGCCAGUGAGCGAGGUGGGGAGCUGUGUGGUGUCCUGUGACGGCGGUGGGGGUGCCCUUGGCCACCCCCGGGUAUUUAUCAACCUGGACAAGGAGACCAAGACAGGCACAUGCGGCUACUGUGGCCUGCAGUUCCGCCAGGAGCUGCACUAGCGCUGGAGCUGGCAAUAAAGGGGCAUCCUCAGGCAAAAAAAAGAAAAGAAAAGAAAAG